GUCAUUAUUAAGUGCAUACAUUAAAUUCGUCAUAAUUGACUUUCAUUCGGAUAUUAUAGUAACACAUUUAUGUAGUACACUACAGUAAUUUAUAUACAUACACACUUCAAAUUAUUUCUUAUUUAAAUUUACAUAUACUUCGAAUCUAAAUCGUACAGAAUGUUUUCCAGCAGUCCAAACUAUACAAAGUUAAAAACGCAUUUGAGACUGUCAAUAAAUAGACUAAAAUUAAUGGAAAAGAAGAAAACGGAAUUAACCCAAAAAGCUAGAAGGGAAAUUGCAGAUUAUUUGCAAACAGGAAAAUAUGAAAGAGCAAAAAUACGUGUUGAGCACAUCAUACGAGAGGAUUAUAUGGUCGAAGCCAUGGAAGUGGUAGAAAUGUACUGUGAUCUGGUUUUAGCUAGGUUUGGUCUUGUAACUCAAAUGAAAGAGUUAGAUUCUGGUCUUGCUGAAGCUGUAUCCAGCUUACUGUGGGUUGCACCUCGUAUGCAAUCUGACAUUCAAGAACUCAAAGUUAUUUCAGAUAUAUUAACUGCUAAGUAUGGUAAAAUGUAUGCAGAAUCGUGUCGUUCUGAUACUAUAGGGACUGUUGCAGAAAAGCUCAAACACAAGAUGACAGUUCAAACUCCACCUAAAUUGCUUGUAGAGAAAUAUUUAAUCGAAAUUGCAAAAAUUUAUAAUAUUGAUUAUCAGCCUGAUCCAGAAAUAAUGAGGGAAGAUAACCGGCCAAUAGGUAUGGAUGCCAUGCUAAUUGACUUAUCUGACAAGAAUAAUUUAGGUGGAAAUUCAUACCCUCCAGCACCACAAGCAGGAUUUAUUGGAUAUCCUCAACCACCACCAGUACCAGCAGUACCUUCUCUUCCAUUUAACUAUCCAGAGAUGAACAAGAAUCCCGAUGGAAAUAUAUCCGCAUUCAAUUACAAUAUUUCACCCAAUCCAUCUGUACCAGAUCUUAAAGAAACAAAAGACAUUAAUACCAGCUUUUUGCAGGACGAGAUAGGAGCAAUGCCUCCAGCUUAUGAUUCAUUAUGUUCUGACAACAUGCAGGAUGGUUCAAAGCCUAAACCUCAGCCUAGAUCUAAACUACCACCUAAUAAUGAUAAUUAUCCAGAGCUACCUAUUUUGCCUUCAGUGCCUUCUGAUAUACCCAUUCACCAUGCAGAUUCUAAUGAACCAAAAAAUCUCGAUGAUAUAGAUUUCGAUGAUUUGAGUAGAAGAUUUGAAGAGCUCAAAAAGAAAAAAUAAGACAUUUAAAACAAGUAACAUUAAACUCGCUUUUUAUGCUUUUUUUUUAAAGUAAAUAGUUUUAUUAUUUAUGAACACAGGAGCACAAUAUGAAUUUACGUUUUAAUUAACCUUACAUGAACAGUUAUAAUUUCAAUUUAAAGUUGUUGAAAUGUUAAUAGAAUUUAUUUCU